AUGCACAAAUUCAGAGCCCUCUCGGCACGACAGUAUACCGAGGCUGGUUUAGAUGCACCAUCGCUAGAUACCUUCUCGACCGCUAUAUUUCCGGACGGCCUUGAAGUCUUACAUGACUGUCCCGAUGCGGACUACGAUAUUUGUUUUGUCCACGGCCUAACCGGAGAUCGCCGCACCACCUGGACAGCGGAUCACCAGUCGGCUCCCUGGCCGCAAAUGCUACUCCCUUCCCACAUUAGGCGAGCUCGAAUAUUGACCUAUGGCUAUGACGCCUAUAUUGUCCGAAAAUCUGCCGCCUCAUCGAAUCGGUUGAUUGAUCACGCUACGAAUCUCCUUCAUGACUUGACAGCUGACAGAGCUUUCUGCGAUGCGUCGUCGCGCCCGCUAAUUUUCAUCGCCCAUAGCCUGGGAGGUCUUGUCUGCAAGAAAGCUAUUCUCCUUUCCCGAAAUGACCCUGAGCGCCAUCUUCGGGGCAUUUUCAAUUCCACGCGGGGUAUCAUAUUUAUGGGGACGCCUCACAAAGGUGCUUGGAUGGCGGACUGGGCCAGAAUAUCCGCUGCAGCUUUAGGGUUGGUGAAGUCGACCAACAAGUCCCUGCUAGCUGUCCUAGGAACAGAUAACCAGAUGCUUGAGUCUCUGCAGGUUGACUUCUUAGCAAUGGUACGUAAAUUGCGCGAAGAUGGCAGGGCUCUCGAAGUGACUUCCUUUUUCGAAGAGCUACCCCUGCCUGUGGUGGGAAAGGUAGUUUGCAAGGAAUCGGCUAUUCUAGAUGGUUAUAGCUCGAUCAGUCUACACUCCAAUCAUAGAGAUAUGGUAAAGUUCGCUUCGCCGAAAGAGAAUGGAUACAAGCGAUUGCUUGGUGAGAUUCGGAGAUGGGAAUCGCGGAUUAACAGUUGUGUGGAGCCAUCGGCCGCCAGGACGGGUGCAAGUGCAAAUGCCAAUCUCGCUAGUGAGGUAGAUAUCCCAGCACCCGAGAGAACUCAGAGCCGGUCAUCUGUAAGAGGAAGUGGUUCGAGCUGUCUGUUCCAUAACUCCGGUCAAGGCUGGAUCAACGCAAACACUGGAACAGGCACUCAGGUUAACAAUAACGGGCAAGGAAAUCAGUUCAAUGGGCCUGUCCACAGCCUUGUAAUUCCUCCAGCACAUUCAAGCAACUCUCGCUAA